UGGAGAGAUGAGAGUUUGCAGGCUGAUGUCUAUCAGAGCAGAGAGAGGGAGAGAGAUCAUAGAAAGUGCAUCUCAUUUUUGUUAUGCGAGAUAUACUGGCGCGCUUCUCACGCAGCCAAGCGUUGGCCUCACACAUAAGUUACAAUGUUGCUCAAACAAAAUAGGCUCCGGAACAAAACAGUCCAAAACGGAGAAGAUCCGGCUCAAAUUAAGCACUGAUGACGAGCCUUCAGAUGGUGAUGGUGGGGAGAUUUUUAGUCUUCGGCAACUGUUGCUGUACCACAGCAAGUGAGCGAAUGAGGGGACGUGAACAUUUCCAACUUUCUUUAGUACUGGCUGGGGGAAUGGCUAUCUGCUGGCUCGUCUUCUCAUACUGUGCAUCCGUGUCUCUCACCCAGGUGAAUCGCCAGGUUGUGCUGAAUCACAGAUUACAGCGCAAGCAAGCCAAACUCAUGGAACCGGUGAGGACUGACGUGCUGACUGUAACCCCGUGGCUGGCUCCUAUAGUCUGGGAAGGGACUUUUGACCCCCAGGUCAUAGACGAGGCCUUUAUGUCCCAAAACCUCACCAUCGCUACCACUGUGUUCGCUGUAGGGAGAUACACUCGUUUUCUCCGGGACUUCUUAGAGUCAGCUGAGAAGCACUUCAUGGUGGGGCUGGAGGUGCAUUACUACGUGUUCACCGACCUGCCCGACGACGUGCCCAACAACGUGACUCUGGGUGUCGGCAGACUGCUCAGCAUUGUGAGGGUGCCGAAGUUCGACCGCUGGCAGGAGAUAUCCCUCCGCCGUAUGGAGCUCAUCCAGACUGCCAUUAAGGAUCACAUCCACCGGGGGGCGAACUACAUAUUCUGCCUGGACGUAGACAUGAGGUUCCACGGCCGCGUGGGUCCCGAAGCUCUGGGGAGACUGGUGGCCGCCAUCCACCCCUGGUUCUACAUGUACCCCCGGAGCCAGUUCCCCUACGAGCGGAGGACCGUCUCCACAGCCUACAUACCCUUGGACCAGGGAGACUUCUACUACCAGGCCAACAUAUUCGGAGGAGCGUUGGAAGAUGUUCACCGGCUGACCAAGACGUGCAGGGAGCACCUGGAGGUUGAUAAGUCAGUGGGCGUGGAGGCUGUGUGGCAGGAAGAGAGUCACCUGAAUUGGUACCUGUUGAGGAACAAGCCCACCAAGCUCCUGUCACCGGAGUAUGUUUGGGACGACGCUAAAGGACGGGAUGACAAGGAGAUAAAACUGGUCCGCUUCUCCUCUGUCAUUAAGAACAAGGCAGAGGUCAGGGAGAACCUCUGAGAGGAGAAAAUAAUAUGUCUUUGACACAAGCUGCAGGGAAGAGAGGAGAAAAGUGGAGAGGAAAGAGGGAAGAGGAGAGGAAAGAGGGAAGGAGGGGAGGAGAGGAGAGGAGAGGAGAGGAGAGGAGAGGAGAGGAGAGGAGAGGAGAGGAGAGGAGAGGAGAGGGAACACUUAUCUUUAAUACAGACCGUUACUUUACCUGGUUAUAUUUUUGCACACUGCACUUUUGGUUCAGUGAAAUGUGUUCUUGUUUCAGUGUCUUUGUGACAUAGGCUAUGCUCGAAACGACACCCUAGAACUCCUGGUUAAGAAGUGCACUAUUUAGGGUGCCAACUCAGACUUAGCCACCUUUACUUUAUGUACCAUGGGGUCCAUCAUUUUUUGGCAUGUUUGAUAAAGAUGAGGAAAAUAUACUGUAUAAAAUAAAUAAUACUAUAUUGUAAGCCUAUGCUCAAAUAAAUUGGGUAAUUAUAUUCUAAUA